AUGUCGAGCGCCAGCAGCAGCAGUGUGAGCAGAACGACAACAGCUCUUGUUGUCGCAGGGGCCACCGUAGGCUUUGGGCUUGUCGCCUAUGCAGCGUACUUUGACUAUAAGCGGAGGAACGAUGCCGACUUCCGGCGAAAGCUUCGUAAGGAGAAGAAGAAGGUCGACAAGACGAAGAGCCAGGCUAGCUCUAACGAAGGGUCGAGCGCACGCCCGGAAGAGCUGCGGGAGGCGCUUGAGAGGUUGCGCAACGAGGAGCUACCAACCACUGCUGAAGAGCGGGAGCAGUUUUUCACCGCACAAGUUGGCAUGGGUGAACAACUCAUUAUGCAAGGUCCAAUGUUCGCCCUACCGGCUUCCCUUCACUUCUACCGUGCCCUCAGGGUCUACCCAUCCCCCGUGGAGCUCAUCGUCAUUUACCAAAAGACUCUACCAGAACCUGUGUUCAAGAUGGUCAUGGAGUUAAUGAAUAUGGAUGUCCAAGAUCGCAUCACAGGCUAUUACAAGGUAUUCCCCGCGAAGUCCAUGCACGUUUUCGUUCGGGACGAUGAGGUGGUCACGGAAGGCAAAGCGACGAAGCGCAAAAGCUUGCGUGCUGCCCAGGAUUUCAAUACAGGCGACGUGAUAUAUACUGAAAAACCGGUGGUUGCGGCUCUUGAUGCUGAUCUGGAGGGCAAAGGCACUCACUGCAGUCACUGCCUCCGCCAAGUCAAGAAGGGCAUGGCCCUUCAGCUCGAAAAUGACCGCAUUGGUUCAGCCUACUGCUCCAAGGACUGCAUGCUCAAGUCCCAGCUGCAAUCGCAGAACAUCCUUUUCGGUUUGGAGCCCAUCUUACCCCCGGAGCUGGCCCCUCCGAGUGAACCGGGAGCCAUCGAGGAGCGAGACAAGGCUCAGAAAGCCUACGUCGAAUUCCUCACCAAGGGCGAUGCAGCCGGCAAGGCUAUUCCGCUCCUUACCGCGCGCCUCGUCUGCCGCCAAAUUGCCAUCGAGACGAAGAAGGCGGUGUCGCAGAUGGGUGGCGCCGCCGGACCGCACAGUGCCGAGUUGCCCGAGGUGGAUGGCAAUGCGGACUAUAGCCUGUGGGAUCACGUCGAAAGGCUUAGGUUCUUGCCUGAAGUGGAGGCAUCGGCUGAAGAAAACGUACUUCUGAGGAAGGUGUUGAGCUGCGCAUUGGGAGGGCUGGAGAACGUUCUCGAAGAUGAAAGGCACAGCACCCUCAAGUCCAAAAUGGCAUACAAUGCCAUCGGAGUGUGCUUCCCAGGCGCGGAAAGACCGUCUGUAGAGGUCACGUCGUCUACUGAUGAUGUAACUGCGGCGGGCAGGGACGACAAGCCUCCUUCGGGUGAGCGUCCCGAGGAUAUGGAGCGCACACGGACACCCCACGGCACUGCUCGGCAGGUAGGAUGCGGAUACUAUCCCGUAUCGGCAUACCUCAACCAUUCGUGUGACCCUUCUGUUAGGCCCUCCUUCCGCGGCGGAACGUCCGAGCUUUAUCUCAUCGCCAAUCGCGAUAUCAAGGAAGGAGAUGAGCUGACACUAAGCACUCGUUCCGCUGGGUCGAGUACGAUAGCUCUCGAGGCAGCGAAUGCUACCUCACCCAAUCAUGGCCUGAAGCGUCGGCCUUGGCGUAGAGAAGUUACACCCUGGCAACGCAUCGUCUCCGAAAGUUACGAUGGCGAAGGGACCGACGACAAACCUUUCAUCGUCGGGUGGUUAUCUGACGAUCCAGAGAAUCCAGAGACUUUUGCCACUUGGUACAAAUGGACGGUUACCUUCGUAGCAGCGUUCUCCGUGUUGGUGGUAGCCUUGGCAUCCUCCACCUUUAGCGGCGGGAUCGAGAGUGUAGAAAGGGCAUUCCCUGGUUACGCCACCGACGUCUACAUCGCAGGAUUAAGUACGUUUGUCCUUGGCUUUGCGUUCGGUCCCCUACUAUGGGCACCUUUAUCCGAAGUGUUUGGCCGCCGCAAUCUCUUCAUCGUCUCAUACAUUCUAUUCACCAUCUUCAACGGAGCCUUAGUGGCUUCGCAAAACAUUACGACCCUGAUCGUCCUCAGAUUCCUCGCCGGUGCCUCGGGUUCCUCACCUCUGACUAACGCCGGCGGCACCAUCUCGGACAUGUUCGACACGGAAGAACGUGGAAAGGCCAUUGCCUUGUUCUCGGUCGCUCCCUUCCUCGGACCGGCUCUUGGGCCAAUCAUCGGCGGAUUUCUAGGCGAAAACUCGAACUUCCGCUGGGUUCUAGCUUUCCUCGCCAUCCUCACGGCCAUCGUCACUGUCGUCGGCAUCGCAUUCCUUCCGGAGACAUACGCGCCUCGCCUUCUUCGCGAGCGUGCUCAAAACCUGUCGACGGCCACUGGAUGCAACUACCGAUCUACUUAUGAGCGCGAACAAACCCUGCAAGUGGGAGAGCUGUUCAAGAAGAGCCUCAUUCGGCCCUGGCAAUUACUCUUCCUCGAGCCCAUCGUCUUCUUACUCAGCCUGUACAUGGCCAUCGUCUACGGCACAUUAUACCUUCUCUUCGCCGCCUUCCCCAUCGUCUAUCAGGUCGAACGCGGCUGGUCACCCGGAGUUGGUGGCCUUGCAUUCAUCGGUGUCCUCAUUGGAUUUAUGGCCGCCACUGCCUGGUAUAUUUUCCACGAGAAUCCAAGAUACAUCAAAGUCAGUCGCGCACACGGUGGUGUAGCACCCCCGGAGCAGCGGCUUUGGACGGCUAUGAUUGGUGGCGUCAUCAUGCCUCUCUCGAUUUUCUGGUUCGCAUGGACCGCAGCGCCUAAGUCCAUUCAUUGGAUAGUCAGCAUCAUUGCCACCGUACCGUUCGGUUUCGGCAUGGUUCUGACCUUCCUUAGCGUGAUUUCCUACCUCGUCGAUGCAUAUCUCAUUUACGCUGCGUCCGUGCUUGCCGCGAACUCCGUGCUCCGAUCGCUCUUCGGCGCCGCGUUCCCUCUCUUCACAACGCAGAUGUACCAGAACCUUGGCAUAAAUUGGGCCUCGACGCUUGUCGCCUUCCUCGCACUUGUAUGCACACCGAUGCCUUUCCUUUUCUUCCGCUACGGCGCAGCUAUUCGCAAGCGCUGCAAAUACGCGAAACAGGCCAACCACGUGCUCGAGCAAAUCCGGGAGCAAGCCGAAAGGCAACGGAAGCUCGAGGUUGCUGCACGGGGCGAGGAUGCCGUAGAGCUCGAGGAGGCAGCCGCCAGGCGGAGAGAGGGACUUCCUCCCGUGCACACUCCCGGAUCGGAGCAGACCGGUCACGUAGCGCCUAAGAAGCACUCAUCUUCUGGCCCAAAUUCUGGCGAUCUCGGACCAUCAGCGAAUGAAAAACAUCAAUCGUCGCCGAUGAGUUGAAUGGCUUCCAUCGUUUUCGAUCAGGGAAUUAGAUUUUUGCCAGGGCCAAGAACCGCUUCUCAUAGACAGCAUGCAUCACGCAGUAUAAUAUAUUACAAUUACAAUAGCGCCUAUAGCAAUAAAGUUCGAUCAAUACACUACAUAGUGUUAAACCAUGAAACGCUCACUCCCC